AUGGCAGACGUAAACAAAGAAUGUCCCCAAACAUUUCUCUCUUCUAGAGUGAAAAAUAUGAUAUGUCAUGAAGGUGUCAUUGCUAGAAUAGAGCAUACAUCACUCACUAAUCACUACACAAUAGAUUGGGUGCAUUUAGAAUCCAUGAUUAAAGACUUAUUGCAAGCAGAUGAAAACGAAGAAGAAUUGCUGUUAGAAAAUACAAGACAAAUGUCAUCAUUGUUUUUGGAAUGUGAACAGUUGCUUGAGAACCAAACAUGUGAACAGUACAGAGUUACAUACAAUAAUUUGUUAGAUUGGAUUGCCAAUAAACAGAUAUUUUUUGAAUGCCUUUCUUUGGUUUUGAAAACAAAUAUUGAAUCUCAAACUAGGGAGCAUUGUGAUAUGAGCCAUCAUGAACAGAAAAGACAAAAUUGUUGUACAACUAACAGUGAUACUUAUUUUAGUCAUGACGUAAAAUUCAAUCAAAAAGACUUAAUGAGACUAAAAGAUUUGGAUAAAUUGUGUGAUAAUGCUUGUGGUAUUAAUACUGACAAUGAUAAGUUGUAUGAUAAUGUCAAUGGUACCAGUAGUAGUAAUGUGACAAGUGGUGAUCAAGCUGACAAAAUUGAGUUCAAUGAUAAUGUUAGUGGUAAUGAUAAUGAUAAUUUGAGUGAGAAUGGUAAAGAUGAUAAUGAAUGUUCUGAUAAUGAUAAUGCUGAUGAAUUGCUAUCACUCUUAGUGAUAACAUCAUGUUUGGAAAGAAGUUUAGGAGAUGUUUACUUAAUGAAAGGAAGACAAUGUCCAUCAAUAUUAAAAGAUUUAUUGAAUACUGAGGAACUUAAACAUAUUCUAGGUCCUGUAGUGGUAAAUGUAUUGAAGGUUAUAAUUGGUUCACCUAAAUCUUUAAAUAUCAGAAAUAUUGCAUGGCAUGGAUUUUUCUCACCUGGGGAAUUACCAAAAAGGUAUGUAUAUUUUUUAUUGGUACUUAUUCCUAGUAUUGGUGAAAUUCUUAAGUAUAAAAAUGUUAAGCCAGAGACCAUUCCACAUAGACCACCAAUACAACUACCUCAAGACAUGUAUGCUAUAUCAGUUAAUUUCACACAGAUAUAUGAAUGUUUGAAUAGUGUGAUUGGAGAAGAUAAUAUAUUUAUACUUCACUGUAUGAUGCCAUAUUUACAACGAUCUUUAUUUUAUUAUGAAAGACAAAGAUAUGGUUACAGUCUGUGUUUAUUGUGGCCAUUAUUAGAACACAGUUUAAGAUGUGUGUUUGCUGAUGCUAAUAAUUGUCAGUAUAGAGUUUUAACUGCUGAGUCAACAAGUUUUUACACUACAUUUGAAGAGAUUUUGUGUAAACAUAUAAAAUCAGAUGAAGACAAUAAACUAGUAAAGAUAAUUGGAGAACCAUGUAUGGAUUUAUUAUAUGAUGUAUUAAUGUAUCUUAAUGAUUUAUUUUAUGAUGUAUUAAUGUAUCUUUAUUUAUAUUUCAAGGAUUUAUUAUAUGAUAUAUUAAUGUAUCUUUAUUUAUAUUUCAAGGAUUUAUUAUAUGAUGUAUUAGUAUAUCCUGAAGGUCCUAGAUUAAGGGAUAGAUUAAGUCAUGGUGAAACUGACUUAUCUGAUGUAUCUAAAGACUGGAUAGAUAAGACAUGGUAUAUAUUGAUAUAUUUAAUAUAUGAAUUUCAAUAUAAAGACAAGCAUAAAGUUCCUGAAACUGUUACUAAGUUUAAAGAUACAAUAGAGAAAUAUGAAUCUCAAUAUCAUCCUAUUGCUUUACUCAAGAAAAAGAUCCUGUGUGUAGUUAAUUUAACUUGUAAUAUGAUAGAAUGGAUAAAGAUAGAUCCAACACUCAAAUCUUGGAAAUCAACAGCUGAUGGUUUUGAAAUAUUUAUAAAUGAUAACCCAAGCUAUAAAAAACUAGAAACUGGAAUCAAGCAAUUUAUUGAACAUCAAAUAUCUGAUGGUUUUGAUGCUCAUGUCUGGUAUUGUGAAAUAUUCAAUAAUAACAAAGAUAUAAUAGAUCAACUAUUAUCAAGAAAAAUAUCAACACUAUAUAGAUUUGAUGAUGUCAUACAGGAUGAAGAAGUUCAAAGUUCAAGGAAUACGAUCAAGGAAUCAGAAAUAGUUACUUUAUUACUAAGAAUAAAUAUAGAGCUAGAGACAGUGUUGAUACAGUUACAAUCUAUAACAUUAUCAAGACAAGAGAAAUUAUACAGUAAACAACUACGUUCCAGACAGAGAGAUAACACACAGAAACUUCUAUACUGUUUGCCAGUGAUUCAUGUAUCAAUACAUUUUAUAUGUAUAUUUACUGUGUAUCAAUUAUAUAAACUACAGAGCUAUACGCAGAGUCAUCUGAAACUAUUACAGAGAUGUUUAAAAUUAACUCUUAAGUUUUCUGAAAAUCUACGAACUUUUACUGGAAGUGAUAAAAAUAAAUGGCAGGAAGCCAUGGAACUAUGUGUCAAAAAUAUUGAAAAACUGUGUAACUUUCUAAUAGAAUUUUCUAAAAGCUGAUUAAACUAUUAAUUCCUGGGCAAAAUACAAAUCUAUUUAUUUUAAAGAUUAAAAGGUGUUGUGAGAACUAUUGUAAUGUUACUUGAUUUAAGUGUGCCCUGGAGUUUAUCUUAUUUUGUUAUCUCCCUUGACAUGAAAAUCAUUCGGUAUCGCAGAGGGAUUUACGAUGCAGGCAGAUGUUUAUAAUCUUCAUAGUAAUUGACCUUGUAUGGAAAGUUGUGUGUCAUUGAUUAAAUUCGUUGUAAAAAUGUC